AUGGCCACACAGUCAAGGGAGGGGGAGGAGGGUGAACAUGAGGAGGAGGAGGAGGAGGGUGAACCUGAGGAGGAGGAGGAGGAGGGUGAACCUGAGGAGGAGGAGGAGGGUCAACCUGAGGAGGAGGAGGAGGGUGAACCUGAGGAGGAGGAGGAGGGUGAACCUGAGGAGGAGGAGGAGGGUGAACCUGAGGAGGAGGAGGGUGAACCUGAGGAGGAGGAGGGUGAACCUGAGGAGGAGGAGGGUGAACCUGAGGAGGAGGAGGAGGGUGAAGCUGAGGAGGAGGAGGAGGGUGAACCUGAGGAGGAGGAGGAGGGUGAACCUGAGGAGGAGGAGGAGGGUGAACCUGAGGAGGAGGAGGAGGGUGAACCUGAGGAGGAGGAGGGUGAACCUGAGGAGGAGGAGGAGGGUGAACCUGAGGAGGAGGAGGAGGGUGAACCUGAGGAGGAGGAGGAGGAGGGUGAACCUGAGGAGGAGGAGGAGGGUGAACCUGAGGAGGAGGAGGAGGAGGAGGAGGAGGAGGAGGAGGAGGAGGAGGGUGAACCUGAGGAGGAGGAGGAGGGUGAAGCUGAGGAGGAGGAGGAGGAGGAGGAGGAGGAGGAGGAGGAGGAGGAGGAGGAGGAGGAGGAGGAGGAGGGUGAACCUGAGGAGGAGGAGAGG